AUGACAACCAAUCAACAGGUUCUGCACAAUCUAUCCUUUCAACAAUUGCAAUGUUGCAGAUUUAAAAUUUUGUUUUCAUCUCAACUUGACCGCAUGGUGGACGUUACCAUUGUGGCUGCGUUGUGUGCCAAAACCGGCGCAAUUGGGUUUCAAAAUAAGCUUCCCUGGCGUGAUCGUUUGAACAUUGAUAUGGCAUUUUUCAGAUUUGUUACCACAGUUCCUUGGUCUCUUUCGUGCGCCGCCGAUGGCCAUCAUGCUAGGGCCCCAAAAGAGGCUGCCCCAUCAACGGCGCCUUUGGAGCCGUACUGUGCCACCAAUCGCUGGAGAGGCAUCUUUGACACCGAUGCUUGCUUUCCCCAUAUUGAGUGCACAUUGGCGUUCGAAAAUCUCACUUGCCCUCCGAACCCAAACAAUGCAAUAAUAAUGGGCCGUAAAACGGCAGACUCAAUCCCAGUUGCGCUGCCUUUACCCGGGCGUGUAAAUGUUGUGUUGUCAAAAAGCCUUAAUGAUAGCGAAAAUUGUCACGUGCCCGAUUCUUCUAUUUCCAAAGACCAUAACGGCAUAUUAUAUUGCAAAGACAUCCAAUCCGUUUGUCGGGAUCUAUCUCGAAUAACGGCAUUGUCGAACAUCUUGGUGAUUGGAGGCUCCGAAAUUUACUCUCAAUUUCUCAAACUUGGCCUUGUAGAUCAUUUGCUUCUUACUUUUGUAUCCCUACAAACGCCAAGCUCUUUCAAGGGGGCUGAUGUCUUUUUCCCAUCAAUUCCAGCAAACUACCGGUUCGUUGCAAACAUAAGCUAUCAAGCUGCAAACGCCUUGUUGGAGUGGAUUGGAACCCCACAAGAUACAAAGCGUUUGUUGAGACACCAAAUAGAUACUGGCCUCAUUCUGAAAUCAGGCUCAAUCAAAGAGUCUAGUGGCCAUUUGCUGAACAUUCUUUGGUUUCAAAAAAUGCGUUGCUGA